AUGGUUGCCUGGGAAAAACAGCACUGCUGUGUUGGCAGAAUACAGGACAUUUUCUUGAGAUUCAGGAUUGUUCAAGCAGUCCUUUUACUUCAGUUGUUCUUGGCUACAGCAAGCAAAGAUCAGGAGGAUUUCCUAGGGCGAUACAAAGCCGUCUUUAAGACUGCGUGUGAAGAUCCUUGGAGUAUGUCACCCAGAAUUUCUCUGCAUUCCUUGAGAGAAUUCCUUGUCUGUGUGCACCUCAAGCUGUAUUCCUCUAACAAUCCAUGGACAGCAUAUGUAUAUGCUGAAAAAACUCUUCACACCAAUCUCUCUGCAAAUAAGUUUGAUCUUGGACUUACGGGAGAUCGUGGGAAAUUGAAGAUAUGGUUGUUCGGAAAACAAAUAAGCACAUCAAUAAGGCUUCAUAAAAACACUUGGAACCAAAUAUGUAUCCAGUGGAAAAGUGACAAUGAGGAGGUGAAGGUAUUCAUAAAUGGAACAGUAAAAUUACACAAGAAACUAAAUGGGAAAUUUUCUUUGCCUGCAAGAGGCCAGUUCUUACUUGGCUGUUCAAAGCUGCAAGGUACAGGUGCAGCAGCUCGCCAGGGUAUGGCUGGGGAGCUGUACCUGUUCAGAAUGUGGGACAAGGCAAAUAUAACACAAUCUGAGGACUGCCAGGACAGUGGUGUUAUACGCUGGAGAAAGGAGGAUUGGAUCUAUAACACGACAGUAGAAGAGGAUAACUCUUUGCAAUGUGUUGAAACUACUGCUACACUGCCUAGCAGAAGAAUGACAGAUUCUGAAGAAUCAGCUGCAACGACAAUUUUUGAUGUGUCUUCAGAGGAGACUACACAAAGUACAGAAGCCCUUACAACAACAGAUUAUUACUACUCCACCAUCACACCAGCAGGAGAAACCAUUGUAUGCAACAUAACACGUGCCUGUAAUUAUUCAGUGUUCUAUGUGGGCAAGGUGAAACUUCGGGCAAGUGAAGAAAGUAAUGCAUCACUAAAUGUAGAAAUAAUUAAUAACAUAACCACCCACAAUCAAGUAAAAAAAUUCAUUGAAAUUCCAGCACAUACCCCACAGGAACUGAGCAUUUCAGAGUUCAACAAAACCUUGCAAGCAGUAAGUGAGUCCUCUGUUAUGGAAUGCAGUGCAGAAAACCAGAGUACACAUUGCAAUUUCAUAAUGAAGCUGGCUGAGAGAGAGAAUAUAAGCAGUUUAACACAAAAGGCAAAAAUAAGUCAACUUGAUCAGUGCUGCUGUUCAUCCCUGAAGUACUGUUCCUUGACUGCUGAAGAAUUACGAAUGUAUACUAUACAAGUGCCACCUCAUUUUAUAUGGGUUCCUUCCCCUCAUUCUCCUUCUCUCCCUAAAAAGACUUUCCUCAAAUCUAAUUCUUUUAUUCCCCCCACUAAACAAAGCUCCACACUUAGACCACUGAUCCCACCAUACACAGAAAUUUAUUUUUCUGGAACUCUUUCCACAUCUCCCCUUACAAGCCCUCUCUCUGAAAACUCUAUGCCUUCCACCAGUGUUACCACUACACGCUCCUCUUCUGAGUCUCUUGCUCAACCUACCAUGCCAACUUUUUCUUCCGUGACUUCCAACAAAUCCAUCACUGUUCCCAUACCUGCGACAAAAUCUAUCACUAAUACUGCUUUCUCAAUUAAAUCUGAUGCCUCACACCUAAACAAGACUGUUACAAUACUUUCUCCUUCUGUAGGUUACACUAAACAUCCUUCUCUUUCUUCUUCUAAGCCUCACAAACUUGCAAUUUUAAAUCGCCCCUUUGAGGCAAUCACCGAUUCUGUUGCACAAAUUCCCCCUGCUUCAAACCAACCUAUAUCAGCUCACAGAAAUGUCAGUACAGUACCUAUUGUACCCCUUACUCCUUUCACAAUAUCUUUGACCCCUACUGCUAGUCCUGUCAACCGUUCUGUCUCAGCUUCUCGUCCUCAUUCUACUGUUGAUGGCCAUGGGAACCCAGGAAAAACCCUUUCAGCUACCACAAAUAUAACUUCUGUGCACACCACCAUUAGUAUCGCCACAGCUGAGCAAAUCGUGUCCAAAAUAGAAAAUGAUUUAGCAGCUGGAAAAAUAGAGCCAAAAGAUGUAGAAAGGAUGGUUGGUGAGGUGAGCACUAUCCUCACUGCUUCUCAGCCAUUACCACCACGGAUUUCUAACAGAAUUAUAAAGCUGGUGGACUAUAUUGGCUUAAAACUAAACUUAUCAACAUCGUCUGCUAAAUUUGUCUCCCCUUCCUUGGCUCUGGCAGUUGUCCAAACCAACAGAAUCCGCUCCAACCAAAUGUCUUUUGCUGUCCAGGACUCAGCUGAUCUCCAGAUCUCUCUAGGAGUUCAGCCAAUUCAGAAUUUAAAUAAUCUUGGAUCAAUUACACUUCCUCCAUCAUUGCUCAAAAAUUUACGCACUGAAGAGUUGGACUUGGCUUCUAGAAUUAUAUUCAACUUCUUUAAAAAGACCACUGUGUUCCAGGAUCUGUCCUUGAAGAAUGCAUCUUUAAUCAGCAGUGUUAUAUCAUCAAGUGUUGCUAACCUCACUAUUAGUAACUUAACAACAAAUGUUACUGUCCUUUUGCAGAAUAUCAAGCCUAAUCAGGAUAAUUCAACAGUUAGAUGUGUUUUUUGGGACUUCAAUAAAAAUGGUGGACAUGGAGGCUGGUCAUAUGAAGGUUGCAUAGUCAAAGAAAGUAGAGUAAAUGAAACAGUCUGUUCAUGUAACCAUCUCACAAGUUUUGCAGUUUUGAUGGACUUGUAUGGAAAUACUCCUCUGAAUCCCACACAAGAAUUGGUACUGACUUUUAUAUCGUAUAUAGGAUGUGGCCUCUCUGCAAUUUUUCUUUCUGUUACUCUUGUGACCUACAUAGCCUUUGAGAAAAUCCGGAGGGACUACCCCUCCAAAAUACUUAUUCAGCUGUGUGCUGCAUUACUUCUACUCAACUUAGUUUUUCUGCUUGAUUCAUGGAUUGCACUGUAUGAUACACGAGGCCUAUGCAUUGCAGUUGCAGUAUUUCUUCACUAUUUCCUCUUGGUUUCCUUUACCUGGAUGGGCCUGGAAGCUUUCCACAUGUAUCUGGCCCUUGUGAAGGUCUUUAACACCUAUGUACGGAAAUACAUUCUUAAAUUUUGUCUUGUUGGUUGGGGGUUACCAGCAAUAGUUGUGUCCAUUGUGUUGGCAGUAUCACCGGAUAAUUAUGGUCUGAUAACCACUGGAAAGGUUUCCAUAAACGGACCUGAUGAAUUCUGCUGGAUCAAAAAUAGAAUUGUCUUCUAUAUUACUGCUGUGGGAUACUUCUGCCUGAUAUUCCUGAUCAAUAUCAGCAUGUUCAUUGUUGUGCUGAUCCAGCUCUGUCGUAUCAAAAAGAAGAAACAACUCGGUGCUCAAAGGAAAACCAGUAUCCAAGACCUUAGGAGCGUUGCUGGCCUCACAUUCUUGUUGGGAAUUACUUGGGGGUUUGCUUUCUUCACAGUAAAUGAGGUAUUUACUUACCUCUUUACUAUUUUCAACACUUUGCAAGGGUUCUUCAUUUUCAUCUUCUAUUGUGUAACAAAGGAGAAUGUCCGUAAACAGUGGAGAAGAUAUCUUUGUUGUGGGAAAUUCAGGCUGGCUGAAAACUCUGACUGGAGUAGAACUGCUACAAAUGGUUUAAAGAAGCAGACUGUAAAUCAAGGAGUAUCCAGUUCUUCCAACUCCUUACAAUCAAACAGUAACUCCACUAACUCUACAACACUGCUAAUGAAUAACGAUUAUUCAGUCCAUGCAAAUGGAAAUGGCAAACAACUUGUAUUCCAAGACAAGGAUGAUACUGGCAGCCAAGAAAGCCAAAUCUCACUCAGAAGGACUUCAAAGAGAGGAAGCCUAAGUUCUAUGGAGAAAAUGUGAUUUCCUUUUAAACAGCACAUUGUUUUACAGUGUGAAGUAGAGUUUCACUUUAGCAGUUUUACAUAAUGUGAGCAGACCAAGGACUGGUUUUAUUUAAUAUAUGGUACUGGAACUUCAAGGCAGCCAUGCAAUGGAUUGACAAGGACAAUUAUUAAAAAAAAAAAAAAGA